CGAGUGAAAGAAGAAGGAAGAGGCCGGGCCAGGCGAGGCACGCACGAAUCGCAGCAAAGGGGCGGGAAAGCGAGCGUCUGCUGCUAGCCGGCUAGUGCUAGCGUCUUCGUGAUGUCCAGAGCCUCAAAAGCCUUUCUAGCACUUUCUGCGGUUGGGACUGUGUGCACAGUGGCCGCGGUCCACUUCAAUCAGGCCCGGGAAAGACAGCGUCUCCACGAAGGCACCCUGAGAGAUUUGGAGCGUUUAGAACGAAAGAAGGAGAACGCGCGGCGUCAGGAGGAGGACUGGAAAUCCGGCUUUGGGCCGCUAGAGGCGGAGCGCCGUCCCGUAGACGGCGUGCCCCGCUGACCUCGG